CGUCAUAAGCUGCUUAGUGCAGCAGGUGAAUGGAGGUUGUUAACAUCAAUGUCGGACUAAAUGAUAUUGCACCAAUGUUUUUCUAGAAAGAAGAAUUUACUGACCUGACUGAGUAACAGCGCUCCGGAGUUUUACAGUGGGGAAGUGAAGUCUGGAGUUUGAGUGACUUGAGCAGCUGGGAUGGAGUGCAGCGGCCAGGUGACACCCCGGCUGCUGAUGGCUGUGGGGACAGCUGUGAUUGGCUCUCUCCAGUUUGGCUACAACACUGGUGUCAUCAAUGCUCCUCAGAAUAUCAUUGAGGGCUUCUACAAUGAGACAUGGAGCAGCAGGUUUUCAGAGCCCAUCCCUCAGAGCACUCUCACCGCGCUGUGGUCGCUCUCUGUGGCAAUCUUCUCUGUGGGAGGAAUGUGUGGUUCCUUCUCAGUCAGCCUUUUUGUCAAUCGCUUUGGCAGGAAGAACUCCAUGCUCAUGGCCAAUGUGCUAGCCUUUAUUGCCGCUGCAUUUAUGGGCUUCUCCAAGCUGGCUGCGUCCUUUGAGAUGCUCAUCAUUGGGCGCUUUAUAGUGGGUCUCUACUCUGGCCUAUCAACUGGCUUUGUGCCCAUAUAUGUGGAGGAAAUCUCACCCACAUCUAUCCGGGGAGCUUUAGGAACUCUGCAUCAACUCGGUGUAGUGAUCGGCAUAUUGAUGGCACAGAUUUUUGGGAUUGAUUCUUUGAUGGGGAACGCUACUCUGUGGCCCCUCCUGCUGGCUUUCACUGUGCUGCCCGCCCUGCUGCAGUGUGUCCUGCUGCCCCUCUGCCCGGAGAGUCCCCGCUACCUCCUCAUCAACUGCAAGGAGGAGAGCAAAGCCCGAAGUGUCUUAGUGGAGCUUCGGGGAACGGAGGAGGUGAGCGAGGACAUGCAGGAGAUGAAGGAGGAAAGCCAGCAGAUGAUGAGGGAGAAGAAAGUGACCAUCCCUGAGCUGUUCCGCUCCCCCAUGUAUCGACAGCCCAUCUUUGUUGCCAUCAUGCUGCAGCUCUCACAGCAGCUGUCUGGAAUCAAUGCUGUGUUUUACUACUCCACUGGUAUAUUCGAGCGAGCAGGUGUGCCCCAGCCGGUCUAUGCAACUAUUGGUGCAGGAGUGGUGAACACCGCCUUCACCGUGGUGUCUCUGUUUGUGGUGGAGCGUGUGGGCAGGAGACCGCUUCACCUUGCAGGUUUGAUGGGAAUGGCAAUUUCAGCAGUUCUUCUGACCAUUGCCAUGGCUUUGUUGGACCAGCUCAAAUGGAUGUCGUAUGUAAGCAUUGUGGCCAUCUUCAGUUUUGUAGCCUUUUUUGAAAUUGGCCCCGGCCCCAUUCCCUGGUUCAUUGUGGCUGAGCUCUUCAGCCAGGGGCCCCGACCAGCUGCCAUUGCAGUCGCUGGUUUCUCUAAUUGGUCCGCCAACUUCUUGGUGGGGAUGUGCUUCCCGUAUGUUGAGCAACUCUGUGGCCCCUACGUCUUUAUCAUCUUCACCGUCCUGCUGCUCGGCUUCUUCACCUUCACCUACUUCAAGGUUCCAGAGACUAAGGGCCGCAGCUUCGAUGAGAUCGCAGCAGGCUUUCGGAAGUCUGCAGGUCAGGGUGCAGACAAGUACUCGGCCCCUGAAGAGUUCAACACCCUCAGGGGGGACGACCCCGACCUUUAAGCGCUGCUGUUCAUGCUCAUGCUUAAUCUGUGUUGAGGGGUUUUUGAGUCCAUGUUUGGUUCUUGUAUGUGUUAUCUAGGAUGCCAAGAGGGACCAUAUCUUUCCCUUAAAUGUAAAUGGUACCUUAGCUUAGAACAACGACUGGACACAGAAACAUGGGGUCUGGCUCUGACUAAACAUUACAAAAUCUCCCGACCGACACCUCCAAAGCUCAGAUAAGUGUGUUCUCUGUUUGUUUUAUCCGGACAAAAGCCAAAGAGUAAAAAGGCCAUUUUGGCAACUCAAAGUGCCUUGUGCACUGUAGGCUUAUAAACCUGCUGAAGUCAGUGUCACUCUGUCUUAGUAUUUUCACUGUUAACGUAAUAUAUCAAUACACAAUGAAGAUAAAUUGAAAAGAUCUAUAUUGAACAAUUCACUUUUGUGUAUAUUUUAUUUUCUGAGCGUUAUUUGAAAGUUUGCUCUGGCAAUAUAUUUGGCAAAAGGACAAUUUCUUAAUUUAUACAAUGUUAAAGGUUGCCCAUUUCCAGUCAACAUUUGUCUGAGAGGUAUUACUGAGGGACAGGAGGACUUUUUAGUUUUUAACAGAAUGAAUGAACUGUGUUGUGAUUGUACAUUAUAAAAGAGUUGUAUUCUAUAAAAGUCAUUCCAGUCUUUUGACACCACAGGACCACAACACCUGUGUCCUCUCCAUCUGCCUUUUGAUGUAGGUUUCUAGAUUUUUAGUUUUUAAGAUUGUUAAAUUCCCACUCUAAAUAAAUAAUAGGAAUUGGGUAAGAUUUAUUUCUUGCCAGCUCACCCACAGUUUUUGCCUGAAUAUGUGUCAUGAAAGUUAAAGGAGUAGCUGCUAAAGCACAACAAAGUACCGUGCUGUGUAAUAUAUAUAUAUACACAGCGGUGUAUUGAGUAAAGCCAUGGCAGAAGCAUUGCAAGACCUUGGCUUUUAUGUGAGCAGUGAACUGCUAUCCUUUGUUAAUACCCAGAGUAUGAACCCAACAUUCUCUCUGACUUUGAGAGGUCCUGUGUGCACUGAUCCAAACAUCAGGGCGUCUAGGUCUUGUAAAGUAUGUAAGGGGCUUUGGAUAAAAGUCGCAAUUUUAUGAAAUAAUAUUUAAUAUACUGUAUUUGCAAAUUGCAAUCUGCCAAGAAAUCAUUGCUAAAUCCUGCACACUCAAUAACACGUAGGCUUGCCAUCAGGACACACCAUGAAUUUGGAACUAAUGCACUCAUCAUUUAAUUGCUUGUUCCUGUGUUGCUCUUGUUUUAUGCAAUUUGCAGCUGGUUUGGCUCAUCCUGAUGCACAAAGGCAAUACAGGCAAAAAGAGGUUAGUGACCAUCAACACGAUCUAUAAAAAAACUGAAGAAAGCCUUGUGACAGUGCCAUGCAGUGACAGGGUGGGAUACAACAAGUAUCUUUUUCAAAAUUGAAAAACAACUAACUUAAUACAACUGCAGAGGAGCUGAAAGGCCAAACUCACUUUGGUGACGAAUAACCUCAGGGGUUAUUGCUGUUAGGGAAUUGUUGGCUUAGGUAGUUAAACUUUGAGACAGCUCAUCAUUUUCUCCUUUCUCUGUCUGCGUUCCCAAGGCAUAGGUCUUUCGGCCUUGGGGUUGCUGUUAUCUCCCUUAAGGAGGGGCAGCUUGGGUGCAUCGUUGAUGCCAGUCUAUGACCGUGCACAAGCUGACCUGAGAUAGUUAUUGUUCAGGGACGUCUAGAAGCCCUGCUUAUUGGGAACGUAUGUAACACUUACUACCAGUUGUAGUGAAGUAGAGUUAGUUUGGACCAGUCUCUAGGUUCGUAGGGAGCAGUUGUAGUUAAAACAGUAGCAAUAAUAAUUAAAUAAUAAGACACACCACAGACCAUCAAGUAGUUUUAAAUGCCGGCUUGUUUAUAAAAGUUUAGAAAAGUAGAAAAGUAGAAAUUGGUACCAUAAACAGACAUACAAUAUAUACAAUAUUCAAAUAAUUUGUAUUUGAAUGCAAUUGGAUCCAGUAGAAACAAGGUAUUCUAAUUAGGAAAUGAAAAGAGCAUUAGUUUCACUUUUAAUCUAUUUUGGUUCAAGGAAAUAUUAUUUACAUUAGAUCACAAUUAAAGUUGUUCUUCAUUAUGUAUCUAGUUUUAUUUCAAGAGUUAACUCAGUUUAUGUUCAAUAAUACUUCAAUAAUAAUUCAAUAUAGCUAAUAAUCAAUAGUUAAGAUUAAUUAUCUAAAUAUAUUAUUUCAGUAUUUCAGUUCUAGUUUUGAAUCUUAAUUUAAUCAAAUAACACUAUAUCAAAAUAUAACUUCAAUCUAAUAAGACAUCAGUCAUGCUAUUUAUCUCAACAGGCCUAUUUUAAAUCAAUGGGUCAAGUUUCCUUUUGCUAGUUGCUAGUUAUCAGCUAUCUAAACCAGUGAGCUGGAGUUCUAGGUUCUAGCAGAUUUAAACUGCAUGGCAUAACCAGAAAACAUUAGCAUAGCAAUCAAAGAAAAAUUAAGGAGCCCCAGAUAUGACAUGGGAAAAAAAUAAAAUAAGUUGUGGCCACGAAAUAUUAAUUCGUUCCCACGAAAUAGUAAUUCGUGGCCACGAAAUAUUAAUUCGUUCCCACGAAAUAGUAAUUCGUGGCCACGAAAUAUUAAUUCGUUCCCACGAAAUAGGUAAGUUGUGGCCACGAAAUAUUAAUUCGUUCCCACGAAAUACUAAUUUGUGGCCACGAAAUAUUAAUUCGUUCCCACGAAAUAGUAAUUCGUGGCCACGAAAUAUUAAUUCGUUCCCACGAAAAAUUAAUUUGUGGCCACGAAAUAGGUAGGCUAUAACGUGCACUGGACAGCUGGGUGAGCAAAUCGAGCGCCAGUAGAAGCCUAGGUGUCGUGAUGCCCAAGGUGAGUGUCUGUUUUCUUGUCCUGUCUUCUUGAUAUGCCCUACAGUUAUUUAGGCUAAUUAGGUUUGUGUUUAAUACUUUAUUACAACGGGUAACGUUAGCUACCGUCUCACCCGACUUACAAACUUCGUAGCCAUACUAUAGCCUAGGCCUACUACACGGCGUUCUGUUGUGCAAUGUGCGAUGGUAAACACAUCGGAGCUGCUGCCCUGCACAGACAUCAGUAAGACACUUUUCAAGUAGAGCUCAGUAAAUGUGACAUAUAGCUAAAACCUUGUCCGUAUUGUCUUAUUAAAAUUACGUGAUGAUCAUAAAUAAAGUCAUCUAUGAUCACAGCCAAUAUGCUAUCAACAAUAGACCGGUUCCAACCCCCUUAACAACCGUUGUCAAGACGAACUCAGAGGACAAGCAGGCUCCGAACUCAGAGGGCAGCCCAUUGGGAUAGCCAGACAGUCAGGUAGCCUAUAGCCAAAAUGACAACAAGGAAAGGCA